AUGAAAUCUGCGGCUGCAAAGUUGAAGGAAGAGGACAAAUCCUACACGGAGAAGCCGUCAUCGAGUACUGCGCACGGCUCUCACCCUCUCAAACAAACACAGAAGAGCCACGCUAUCAGGCUACUCAAGGCAUGUCAAUCAACCUCAAUUCAGGGAAUUAGCUUGCGAGUACCGGAGGGCAAGGGAGUUACCAAGGGUGCAGAGGGUGGCAGGCCGCUGGCGAAGAUAAAAACUAAGUUCUUAGCCAUGAUAACUUGCAUUUGUGGGAAGGACGUGAUCAACGGGGACGAGUUGCCGAGGGCGACUCCAGUAGAGGGUGACCCCAAUAUAUCAGAUCCAUGGAAUUACCAGCACAACGUCCACUUAGACCCAAUUGACUAUGGUAUUCCCCUGAAUUGGGCCAACCACAUAGACAUACAAUCAUACCUAAGCGAGGCACAGCUAGACUAUACGGAAACUACGAUUUCCGAUUACAUGCUGUUCAAGCAGGAACCUCCGAUCGUCGCAUUGAAGCGCCUGCGUUCGUGGGGGAUACGCCCUCAUCUCGACGAGACUCAUUUAAGGCAUCUAGAGCAGGUAAUGCAAGCAGGUACCACCGCACAUCGUCGAAGACUGGAGCCAUCCAGCACCACCGCAACUGCUCCCUCGCCACAGUCACUGAAGGAAGAAGUCAAUGAAGAGGAACCACCGGCGUACUCUUGCUAA